GGCGGCGAGCGGCUGGGCAGGAGCCGCGGGGCAGGGCGAAGCCCCGGGCAGACCCGCUGGAGCUGCGGGCAGGAGAGGGCCACCGGCAGCCGCGACCAGACGGAGGGGCGGCUGGACGCCCUCCCAGCAGUCUAAUAUCUCCAAAAUGAAAGAUUUCUUUGACAUACACAUACUGCCUAAGAAAAACUGAGCCCUUAGGACUCCUCGACCCUCUCUCUAAGUUCUUGUGAAGAUGGAUGGCAUUGUUGGGAAGUCAGUAAUUCAUUGGAAUUUGGUGGUGCACCUAACAAGUGUCUCUACAGUUCAGGUUUAUUUGGUUUGAUAGCUACACUGGAUAUUUGAUUGUGGUCUCCUCUAAAUUACAACGCCAAAAACAAUGGCAACAGAAUCUAUAAAAACCUGCUGUAAAUUGUGUUUCUGCAUGGAAGAAGAAAAAAAUGAUUCAGGUUCCAUGGUGCAGGAAUCUGAAGCAGUAACUGCAAGCAAGCCAACUAUUGUAGAGAAGCCUCCAUUGUCUUCUGUGUCAGUGAAGCGUCAGGUUGGCUGUUCAGAGGAUUAUCUGCUUUCUAAACUGCCCCUGGAUGGUCAGGAGGUACCAUUUGUAGUCCCUCCAUUCAAGCUGGCUUAUGUACAGCCAAAGAACCUGUCCAAUGUCUCACAUGCUGGAGGGAUUCAAGAAUCUGCCAGGGCCUCAUUUGGUGACCGGAAAGCAGAACUGCACGGCGUGUACCAGUGGCCCCGCUACGACGUGUACAACCCCUUCUAUUUGGAGCACCGGGUCUCGCCAGAUCUGAUUAGGCGCUUCCAAGCAAAAUCAGAUAAUAGGAAAUUAUAUGGAUCAGUUAGUGAUUUGAGACCUAGUGCCUUGCCUGGAUCAUUUGAUAUAAGUCGUUCAAUGUUUGAUCUCAGAAGCCCACCUCAUAGAUUCAUGAAGAGAUAUGAUUCACUCUCCAGUGUACCUAGCAGUACCUCUUCCAGGAAGGAUUCACAAGGCAGUAACAGGAGUCUGGAUACUAUUACAUUAUCAGGUGAUGAACGAGACUUUGGAAGACUGAAUGUGAAGUUGUGUUAUGUUUCUUCUGUAGAACAGAUUUGGAUCACAGUUUUAAAUUGCAAAGAUCUGAGCUGGCCUUCGAGCUGUGGGGAAAGUCCUCGUGUCUAUGUCAAGGGAGUUCUCACACUGCCCAAACCUGUGCAUUUCAAAUCUUCUGCCAAGGAAGGGUGCAAUGACAUUAAAUUUAUGGAAACUUUUGUAUUUGCUAUUAAACUUCAAAGCCUGCAGGCUGUCAGAUUGGUAUUUAAAAUCCAGACGCAGACUCCCAGGAAAAAAACAAUUGGAGAGUGCUUCUUGGCACUGCGGGAACUCAGCACGGAGGAGUCGAGUCAUUGGCUGGAUAUAUCUCCCCCUUUCAAAGCACCUGUGUGCCAUGCAGAACUUCAAGUAGGAACUUGUUUUCAGGCUAUAAACAGGAGGAUUCAGUUACAGAUUCUUGAAGCACAAAACCUUCCUGUUUCAUCCAUACCACUGUCUUCAAGUUUCUUUGUGAAAGUUGGAAUGUUUAGCACAGAAGGGGUGCUCUAUAAGAAGAAGACUCGUUCUCUGAAGUCCACUAAUGGCCGAGUGAAGUGGGGAGAAACUAUGAUUUUUCCGGUUAGCCAAGCUGAACAAGGAAUUAGCUUUCUCAUCAAGCUCUAUAGCAGAAGCUCUGUGAGAAGAAAACACUUCCUAGGACAGAUCUGGAUGAGUUCUGACAGCAGUAACAGUGAAGCAGUAGAGCAGUGGAAAGAUACUAUUGCCAACCCUGAAAAAGUAGUCAUUAAAUGGUACAGCAUUGGCCCAUCCUGAAGACUGGAGAUGAAACUCAGGAUUGAUUUUUCUACAGAGGUAAUUCCUACAAUGUUUAAAUAGCAUAAAUAAAAAGAAAAAUAUUGUCUAUGCAAGUUCUUCAGAAGUUCUCCACUGCACCACACCUCCAUGGGAACUGGGAAAAUUCCAUUUCACCAAGAGAACCUACUGGCUAAAUCUUAUUAAAAGCAAGACUUGGGAACUGGGGAAAAUGCUCGUUGGAUUUUAAAAGUUCACCUUGAAAAAAAAAAAUGUUUGCCCCCUUUAAGCUCCAUAAAGAGCAGAGCAAUCCAAUCUUGAAGAGGAACAGCUUGAAUCACCAUCUUCUUCCCUAGUUACUGGCAUCAUCCUGACCUGCAGUCGUGUCUUUGGCAGACUCCCAAGUCCAUGGGAAUUGGUCCGGGCAGUGGCUCGGUCCUACGUGCCUCUGAGUCUCUGGGGCUGCACCUCUGUUGGCCCGAUGUGGUCAGAGCGACAUGUGCCUGAGCAAGUGGGAAUGCUGCAGCAGCAGGAGGGAGGCAUACAGGGAACUGCCCAGUAAGGCACUACCCAGAGGCUUUUCUCAUCCGUGUCUAUGAUGAAGGUGCUGUCACGUUCAGCACCCUGACAUGCCUGUAGCUUGGGUUUUCCCCCAUCCAGAGACUGAAAGAUCAGAGUUUCUCUGACUGACUGACCUGGGGCUCUCCAGACUUGCUUUUUUGGAGUGAAUUCUGGUUGGAAUAAUGGAAAUAUGCAAAGAAGCAAUGGCCCUACCUGGGAUCAGGGCCAAUAUUUUUAGAUAAAUUCUUAUAUAGAAUUCUUAUACAUAAACCACUUCCUAUCUAAUCAACAAUGUUCUAGCAUUUGCUUACACUGCUAAAAUGCAGACUAACAUGUAUGAAGGAGUAAGCAAAUAUUUACUGACAUAAGUGCUUUUUGAUAUUAAUUAAAAAGUAGCCCAGUAAGGGACUCAGACUUUGUUGAAAAGAUGGGCUGCUACUGCAGAAGUAUUUGUUACAUGUCUAGGAUGCUGAAAAAUUACAUGUGGGAGUACAUUUUUGUUACUUGUUUCUAGCAAUAGGAAAUUCCCAUAUUUUUAUUGUAAAUUAUAUUUUUCCUACAAAAUCCAAAGUAUUUUUUCUUUUAGUCCCCACAUUUUCAGGGGGUUAUUCACAGUUCUUUUUAAGGCAGGAAAAUUCCACGUGUGUAGUUGAUAAUAUAUACAUGUAAAAACUCUUUGCACAACUUCAACUGCUGGAUUUUAAAAAUGCACACAUUCCAUUAAAUCCACUGCCUAUGCAUUUACUGUUGGCUGCCUGAACCGUACAGAUAUGUAUGUUCAUACAGAUGUUGAAUAAUUGUAUCUUUUGUAUAAGUUCCCGUUCAAACAUCUGACUAUAUGUAACAGACUAUAGAGGAAGUGAGAGCGCUUGCUUCUGGAAGAGGAAACACUGGAAAAGGGAAGCAUGUUGUAUUUAAGUAUAGGUGCGUCUUUAACUUUUUUGACUUUGAGUGAGAGUCAAGAAAAAAUGGAACCUCAGAUUUUUUUUUAAACAGCUGAUAGUUGAAGCUUUUUAAAUAUCAACCAUCCCCAUUUUUUUGUUGUUGAAAUGUGUUUUUUUUCAAAUGAGCAAACAAAAGGAUUUUUUGAAGUUCUUACAUGUUCUGCUUUUUGAACAGUUUUCAUAAAUGACCUAAAAAAGUUUUUGCAUGUCACUCAGAAAACCAGCUUCAGUUCUAGUUCUUACUUGACACUCUUUACAAAGCUCCUGGAAGGCCCAGAGGAUCUUGACUGACAGCGUUAACUUCCAGCCAGAUACACCACUUGGGAUGAGCCCAGCCUUUUGGGCAAAAUGGAAGAAGAAACUGGACAGCAGAUAUUCUCAGAGUCUUUAGUUAAAUACCUGGAUCUCUUUUAUUCGUUGUGGCUAAACUGCAGCAAACAAAAGUGCCAGCUAACUUUUUCCUUAUGUGGAUUGCUGCUCUAUUUGAAAGAGAGGACAAGGAAUAUCCCAGUGUAUUGGAGGCUUCGAUUACCACAGCAGUGGUUCUACAGAGAUUUGCCGGCUCAGUGGAUACUGUGUACAACGGGCUUUUGGAGCUGUGUCAGGACACCUAGCCUUUUAAAGGCCUAACUCAUAAUGUUUCCUUUUCCCUAUGUUCCUAUUUAAUCUACAUGUUUUAUAAUAAAAGUUAUGAA